UUAAUUUUGUUAUUUAUUUAAUUGAAGUGCUUUAAGUAACAUAUACAAGUAUUGUGUUGGUUACUUAACAAUACCUCCGUUAUAGUUUAAGUCAUAACAUCUAACUACAACAAUCAAAGGAUUUUAAUUGUUGUGAGAGAAUAUAAUUAAAAUAUACAAAAUCAUCAUGAAAUAUUUAGUGUUUUUAAUUAGUUUAGUGCUACCAACAUUAAUUUUAGCUCAAGAUGAAGAUGGCUGUUUUGAUUGGCUUCCAAAAUGUACAAUGUAUGGUAAUCCAGAUUUUUCAAAAUGCUCAACCGAUUCUAUAGACCAUUUAAUGGGCGCAUUGUUUGAUGGCAAAUUAAAACAAUUCGGCGUUGAGGAUUUAAAACAUUUAACGAUACCUAAAAUUGCUUUUAAUGAAGGCAAUCCAAAAAGUCCAGUAGUAUUAAAUGCUGAAUUAACAAAUGCUGUUAUUACUGAUAUGGAAUCGAUAAAAAUUUUGAAAAAUGAUGUCCAUAAUGAAACAUUACAAUUCGAUACCGAUAUUUUAAUACCAAAAAUGCGAAUUGAUGGUAAUUACAAGGCCACUGGACGAAUUUUAAUUGUACAAUUGAAUGGUGGAGGUGACAGUUGGUUCGAAAUUGGUAAUAUUAAAUGUCAUUUAAAAUGUGAUGCUGGAUUAAAGACCAAAAAAGGCGUAGACUAUUAUGACGUAAAAGACUGUAGUAUAGAAUAUACUUUUGAUAAAUUGAAAUUUUAUUUAAAUAAUUUGUUUAAUGGCCGUAAAGAUGUUGAGGAACAAACCAAUAAGUAUUUGAAUGAAAAUAGUCGUGAAGUUGCUGAGAUAAUCAAACCGGUAAUUCGUGAGACAAUUGAAAAAGUUUUAACACAUUAUUUACGAUUAUGUAUGAAUAAAAUACCAUCCAAAUGUUUUGUUGUGGAUUUAAAAAGUGUGGAUUAUUAUAAAUCAAUUAAAAAACAAUAAUUUCAACUGUAUGCUUGUUUGUUGAUGCAAAGGCGUAUCUUAGAAAAUCGAAUCUUGACUGAUUCUCAACUUACUCAAGAAUCGUAAUAGUUUUAAGUGAUAUAUUUAGAUCCGGCCACAUUUAUGGCAAACAUUCGUUGUGAAAAAAAAAUCACGCAAACGUUUGUCAAAUUUGUGAUCGGGUUGUUUGGUUUGGUGUCUUUAUAUAUAAAAAAUAUUGAUUGUUCGUCAAACUCCGAACAAUUCGGUCACAUACUGAAUAUGCAUAAUAUUAUAAAAUGUGAUAUUUGCCGCAUGUGUGGCCCGGUUCUUAUAUACUUUUUAAAAAUGUUAUGUUUGUCUUAAUAUUUUUGAAAAGUUCUGUAUACAUGAUUUGUACUUAGAUGAAUAAUAAAUAUUAU